UAGCGUGAGGCGCGCAUGCGCGCGGACGGUGCAGCUUCUCCGGCGGCGGCGGCUUUUCCCUGUCGGUCGCCCCCUUCCCCCCCAUCCCCCUCCCCCCCUCGAUGUUGGUCGUCGCCCUCCGGCUGUAGGCAGGAACUGUGGAAACCAGGACAACAGAAAAAAAAGUUGCCCAAGAUGAAUCAUUCAUUGGAGAAUUCAAUUCCCUAUGAGGAAUAUUUACGAAUGAAAGCACGGACAAUACCACAGCAUCGUAUGAAGGAAUUUUUGGAUUCCAUGAAUGGUAAAGGGUCUGAAGAAGUCCAGCAGUUCGUUCAAACUCCUGUUACAAUGUACCAACAAAGAGGACACUACAUAUACAUGGACAGUGCUGAUGUUGCUGGAUCAUUGCUUGAGUUAGCUAGACCUAUUAGUUCUCCAAUUCAGCAACAUACGUCCCAGGGGUCACCACUAGGACAGCAGCAGAUGCAGACGCACCAUGUACAGGCACAACAGGUCCACCAGUUGGAAAUUCAAACAAAUCACCAGUCCUUGCAAGCAAAGCAGAUGCAAGCCCAACUGCAGUCGCAGACUUCUGAGGAACCACAAUCUGGCAGUCAAGCUGUCAACUCUAUAGCACAAGAAAGAAGGCCAAGCUCUUCAGGUGUUCCACAGCCUGUGAAGAAAAGGAAAGUUGAUUUACCAACUGAAGAAAGUUAUACCAUGAGCCAACCUUCAGUGCAAAAUACAGUGACCACUGUGCUUACUCUGUCUUCUCAGGCCCAACAGCAAGGUUACAUUCCUGUUCGUCAGGAACUGCUUACAGUGGACAGCAGUCAGUUGUAUGGUGUUGUUCCAGCUACCACCUCAGCUACUGGCCCAUUAUCCAAUACUGAAUCAUGGACAAUAUAUACUACCCCUGCACCUUGCUCAGAAGGUCAAACUGUACUCCAUUCUGCCAUUCCCCAUGAUAGUUGUAAUUUAGUCCAAAUUGAUGAAAUCCCAAUGAGUAUGACUGGGAUUAAAAUAGAAGAGGACAAGGAUAAGACUCAAGUCCUAUCAGAUGGGGGUAAAAACCUACAGGAUAAAAUGAUGCAUCCAUCUGUGACAGCUGCGUUCUCAACACAGUUUGUGAAUCUGAAUGGAAAUCUUCAUAUUCCUGUUACAAUACAAGCUGGUGGGAGAGCCUAUCAGUCUCUGAAAUACUGGGAUCCACAGCAAAUACAGGUCCAAGCUAUGCAGACGCAUUCAGCGGAACAGCAAAUUGAGGUGCAGGCUGAUUUAAUGCUUCCCGAGUCUCUAAAACCAGAAGAAGGAGCUAGUGUCUGGCAAAACUGGGCUCAAGUUAAGAAUGCAGAAAUAAUGAAGGAAGCUGAAAAUAAACCACCUUUGCCAGGAAGACGGCAGCCAAUGAAAUUUAGAGAAGAUGCUCUUUGUGCAACAUUAGUAGAACUCAAUUAUGGACUUUGUUUGAUGACCAAAGAAGCAAGAUAUUCUGAUGGUUCCCCCUAUGAAGCAGACUUGCUGUAUUAUUUCUUUCUUUGUAUUCAGAAGUAUAUGUUUGAAAAUGGAAGAAUAGAUAAUAUUUUUGCAGAUCUCUACUAUUCUAAAUUUACUGAAAGAUUACAUGAAGUGCUAAAAGAAUGGCAUCCUAAAAUAAGCCCACUUGGUUAUGUCAUUCCUAGUCGUAUUACUGAGGAGAUGUUAUGGGAUUGUAAGCAACUGGGAGCACACUCUCCAGCUACUCUUUUGUACACGCUGAUGUACUUCAACACCAAGUAUUUUAUGCUGAAAACGGUUGAACAACACUCUAAGUUAGCUUUCUCCAAAGUAUUAAAGCAGAUGAAGAAGAAUCCAGGCAAUUCAAAGGAUAAGUGCUCUAGUAUACGAUAUUUACGAUUAUAUGGACAACUUCAAGCUGGGCAGAAAGUCACAGAAGAUAUGUAUGUUGAACAACUUGAAAAUUCAGAGAAUCCCUUGAGGUGUCCCAUAAAACUCUAUGACUUCUACCUCUUCAAAUGUCCACAGAGUGCUAAAGGGCGUAAUGAUGCCUUCUACUUGAAUGCUGAACCAGUGGUUGCGCCAAAUAGCCCAAUCUGGUAUUCAACACAACCAGUCAGUAAUGAGGCAAUGGAACAAAUGUUGACCAGAAUCCUUAUGAUAAGGGAGGUUCAAGAAGCUUAUGUAACUACGCAGAUUCCUCCCUUCUAGUGAGAAGUUCCCCAAACAGGGUGCUGGUGGGGGAACUGCCAGUCUAUAGCAAGUCAUAGGAAGAUUAUUUUGUGGAAGAGGAGCAUCUUUCUCUCUUCCUGCUCCCUCAGACAAUGUUCAUGCACAGUGUGCUUGAGGACUUGUGUAUUAUAAAUAUGGAUGUUAAUUUGUAAACCCCGUGAAUUUGUGGGUGAUUUGUAUUCCAGUUCUAAAAGCCUGACCGGUUCUAUUCUUUCCUUAAACUAUACUGAAAAAUGUAACUGUCUAACUGAACAAACUGUAAAUAAGAGGAAAGUUUAAAAACUAUUUCUUCCAGUUGGUAGUAAAGUUUGCUACUUCAUCUAUAAAUUCUUUAAUGGAGCUUUGAAAUUAAAUAUAAAUUAUGUGCAUUCCAAUUUGUGGCAACACAGAUCAUUGUGAUCAUUGUAUAACUUAACUUCAUAUUUGAAUCUAGACUCCAGUUCUGUCUCUACCUUUAUUACAGAUGCUUCCAUGAACAGUCUUUUUAGCAGACUGACAUGUUCUUUAAGUGUCUUUUUUUUGUAUGUAAUGUACCUGGUGUACUUCUGUGCCUAAUGUGGAUAUUCCACUACUGAUUUUGAGAAGAAACUUUAUAAAAAUAUAAAAAUUGCAUUUGCAUGAACAGAAAUUAAAUUGGGUUAAAAAAAUGUUGGCUUUAGGUUUUAAACCGGAUCAACUUUACCUCACAGACCUGUGAUAUUGUGCCUUGGUAUUAGACAGGCACAGGAUAAUUUCUUAUGGACUAUAGUGUACUAGAAAGCUUUUUGAAUAGUUAGGUUUGGUGGUUUUUACUUUUAUGGGGACAAUUAUAUAUUUUUUUCACUUUAAUUUGUUUUGAAUCACUGAUUAAAAUAAAAUCAAUACUGUUAUACUCAUGUAGUGCAUACCAGGGAUAUCAUGUUAUCUUUGUAAUUUUUUUAUACAAAUCAUUCACUAAUUUCAUUCGUCUAGGUAGAAACAAUAAAUUUUGCCUAUGAAAGUAAAACGCACCAUUAGUUUGUUUUGUACUUGGAAGCUUUCUUUUAAAAUCUUUAAGGAAAUCCUCCCAAAUUAGUAUAAAUAUAUGCCCAUCAUUAAAUUUGAAAAAAACACAAACUGACUGAAAUCAGUUUGGCUAAAGUUCAUUCAAACAUAUGCAUUUAGAAUACAAGUGGAAGGAGUUAGAAAUGUAUAUUUGAUCAAUCUCCCCAAAUCAUGCAUUUUUUCCCUAAAAUUUCCCCUUCUGGUUGUUUUGUAUCAAAAGUAUUCUUAAUUCAGAAUGGGUAAGUCCAUCUGAUUGCAGAAAGCUGUAAUUUAACUACGUAUCAAAACGACUCAAAAUAGUUUGGGAUACCAUAUUGUGCCAUUGGUGCAACAUGCUCCUAAUAAUGAUUUGUUUUGCCUUACCUCCAAUCCUAUGCUGCUGCUUAUGGCUGUAAAUUUAAUAAUUUUAACUUGUUUUUAUUAUAUUGUAGGCUCUUAAUUUAAGCAAGAUGGCACAGAUCUUAUCACUUCUAUUGGCCACCUGUUUUAAGAUGCAUAUGGGUAUGUCUCUCAAGCUGUUAGCUUCCAAACUCCAAGCCAUGACCAAUUUCACAGAAGCAUCCCACUUUAAUAUAGAACCCUUUAGUACCUUUGCAAUUAUAUUUUUUUCUUUAAAAAGGGAAUUGGCCCAUCCAUUUACUGAGGGUAAUUUUCUUUUCAAAGUAUGUACAGCAAAAGAGAAACCUUACCCAUGUAGCCAUACUUGGUUCAGUUUUUUAUCUGUUCAUUUAUUGUGUGUCAUGAUCUUGUGCUUUAGAAUCCUUGAUCAGAAGCAUUUUGGAACCAGUUAUUUUGUGCAGUGCUGUUUGGUGUAAUGAAUGAAAAUACCACAUACCAUCCUCAUAAAUUAAGUCUCUUUAAGUGUAA